AUAGGGGGAAAUAUUGCGGAAUUUUCUUACGCAUUUUGUAGCAGUUAGAUGUACCACGCAGCUCAAAAGGAGGUGGAUAAAAUACUAUUGACUGCUAUAAGUUCUGAGUGCACGGUUUUAAAUCUCAGUCAUCGAGAUCUGACCGUACUUCCCGAUUCUUUAAAGGAACUUGUCAAAGUGAAAACGUUAUUGUUGAAUAACAACAAGAUUAUUAUGCCUCCGAUGGAACUUGUCUCACUAAAAAAUCUUCAAGUCUUAGCACUUGAUCAUAAUCAGUUAACACUAAUACCUACGGGAUUUCGGCAGCUAUCGAACUUGCGAGUUUUGUGUUUGAGUCACAACAAUCUAGGAUUCUUACCUUCAGAAAUAGGGGAGUUAACCUUUCUCCAAGAACUUUGGAUUGUCAACAUCCAGCUGAUGGCAUUACCACCUGAGAUUUGCAAACUUGUGAACUUGGAGAAACUUGGUGCAGGAUGUAACAAUAUCAAGGCUUUGCCCAAUGGAUUUUCAGCUUUAAAAUCUCUGAAGUGGCUAAGUUUAGCAAAAAAUCAACUUUCGUCUCUGCCUAGUGACUUUCAUUGCCUCUUAAACUUGAUCCAGCUCGAUCUUGCUGAAAAUCAAUUUAGCAAAUUUCCUGAAGGUCUGAGUGGACUUCAUAAAUUAGAGAAUCUGAUUCUGCGCUCAAACAUGAUUCAGUCUUUGCACAAUAACACAGUAAAAAAAUUGCCAAAUUUGAGUCAUGUGGACCUCAGGGACAACAAAUUAACUUUACUUCCAAGAAAUCUAGAACGUCUACAUAUAUUCUGCAUUGGAGAGAGACAGAUUUGCAGAGACAUUGAUGAGAAGAGCUUACAAAAAGUAGACAAAAUGCGGAAGAAGCAGAAAUGCAACUAAAAGGAGUUGAUAGCUUAAGGCAGGACAAACCUUCGGAGGUGUUGUAGACUGUGAUCAGUCCAUCCAUUUUUCUUCUGGAAUCAUUGAGCUGGCUCAACUAAAACUCACACCAUUAUUUUGGAUUAUGAGGCAAACAGACCACUUUUGGACCCUACAGUUGAUGCUCCUAAUUGACUAGAUGUUGAUCAGGGUGGAUAAACUGCUAUAGUGAAUUAUUGAAAAGCUCACAUAAUGUUUUACUGUGAUAGCCUUAUGUUAGAGCUAAUCAUGGCAGCAGUUUACCCACCCUGAGGUGAAUAACUAUUUUUUCCGGCAUGUUAAAAGCUGUAUAUAGCUCUACCUUUAGAACCUGUCAAUAAAGCUCAGUCUGCAAC